AUGACCAAGGAAGCCCCAACCGCCCAAACCUACUGGGAAGCGCGCUUCGACCCAGCCAGCACCGACAUUGAGGUUCUGGCUGCGGGCGACCCGGCCCUCGCUGACAACAACGCCAACAUCACCUGCUCGUACAAUGACACGGGCGAGCUGCACAUGCUCUCCAAGCCCAUGCCGACUCCCGGUGAGGGAGAGGUCGUGCUGCACGUCCACGCAACGGGCAUCUGCGGCUCGGACGUUCACUUUUGGAAACAUGGCGGCAUUGGCGACACCAAGCUCUGCUGUGACGUCGGUGCCGGCCACGAGAGCGCCGGCGAGGUCAUUGCUGUCGGUUCUGAAGUGACCAAAUGGAAGGUGGGCGACCGUGUAGCGAUCGAGGCUGGCAUUCCGUGUGGCCAGGCUUCGUGCGAACAGUGCGUCCAUGGCGACUACAACCUGUGCCCGCACAUGGUCUUCCACUCUUGCCCUCCAUACCACGGCACUCUGACUCGAUACCUGCUCCAUCCGGCGGCGUGGCUGUAUGCGCUUCCCGACAGUGUCAGCUACGAGGAAGGCGCGCUGUGUGAGCCUCUGGCCGUGGGCUUGGCAGCGGUGGAGAGGUCAGGCGCCAAACUCGGAGACGGUGUUCUUGUCUGCGGCGCCGGGCCUAUCGGUAUCAUCAGCCUCCUUUGCGCCGCGGCGGCAGGCUGCAGCCCACUCGUAAUCACAGAUGUGGUCCAGUCUCGUCUCGAGUUUGCCCGCAAGUUGGUGCCGAGGGUUCGCACAGUUCUCGUCUCUGGCACAGCCGAGGAGACGGCCAAGGCCGUGCGUGCAGCGGCCAAGUCAACCAUCCGUGUGGCUCUCGAGUGUACUGGCCGCGAUGUAUCCAUCGACACGGCCAUUAACUCGGUUGCGCCUCGCUCCACCGUCAUGGUUGUCGGGAUGGGCGGUUCCACGUCUACGCGCGAGAUUGAUUUGCGGUACUUGUUCCGCUAUACUCACCAGUACCCGAAAGCGAUCAAACUCAUUGCCGACGGCGUCCUUGACGUCAAGCCACUUGUUACCCACCGCUACCAGCUCGCCAACGCCAUCAAGGCGUUCAACACUGCUGCCGACCCGUCGAGUGGAGCUAUCAAGGUGCAGAUCCUGGACUAA